AUUUUGUAAGGCUUUUGCAUGGUCCUCGAUAAUUUUCCCCAAAUAAAUUGUCCAAAAUUUCGACAAUUUGGUGACGGGAAAGUCUUCAAAUCAUCGACAUUUGAGUGUUCUUUCUUUGCUUUUUCCCCAUUGUCAGAAAUUUAAAUCUAUAAUUUAAAAAAAAUGUCAAAGUUUUCACUAAAAGAGGUUUCAAAUUCUUUUUGCAACAAAAGUCUCUGCAAAGAGCUUCAAAUUCUUUUUCCAUACUUCUUUGCUACCAAAUUCUUUUCGAAACCAAAUUUUCAGUAUGAUAGUUUCGAGCUCUUCUUCAAUGUGUUAAUCUGACUUGUCAAUGGUUUUGUGGCCAUGGCACUGGUUGCAGAGGGAAGCUGUGAGAUGAAAUUCAAAAUAAAUAUGGUCAGCCGAAGAGCCAAAUUCUCACGGCGGGUUGGAGUGUAUUUCUAAGCGCAAAGAUAUUUUUUCCAGGUGACUCUGCCCUUCUCAUAAGCAAUGGCGAGUACAUUGGAGGAACGACAGAGAGUGGCAAUUGACAAGGCAAUGAAGGCAUUGAGGAGGCGCCAUGCUCUCGAAGAAGGCGCUCAUGCCCCUGCUAUUUCAUUACUUUACAGAGCCUACGAUUCCCAUGGUGCAGUGUGGAAGGAAAAGUCAGAGAAAUCAGAGAUUGAGUUACGAGAAUGCUACAAAGCACAAGCAAAGCUUUCUGAACAACUUGUGGAGGAAGUCUCUGAGUGUCGGAAUUUGAAGGCACAAAAUCAAGAAAAAGAUAAUCUGAUCAAUGAACUCCAAAGUCAACUUCUAUCAGCUAGGAAGAAGGUUGAGGAAUUACAAGGAUGUUUGGAAGAAAAAUCUAGUGCUUUUGAUCUCACUGCAAGUGAAAACCUUGAACUCCGUAAGCAAGUGGCUGGCCUGACAUCUAAACUAAGUAGUGCGGAGGCAGAAAAUCAUAUGCUGAUUGAAAGGUGGAUGUUACAGAAGAUGCAAGAAUCGGAGCGUCUUAAUGAGGCCAAUGCGAUGUAUGAAGAUAUGAUGAAUCGUUUUAAAGCUAGCAGCAUAGAAGAAUCAGCACGGCAGCAAGUGGAUGGCAUAGUGCGGCAAAGUGAGUUGGGACUAGAGGAUUAUGUAGAGUCAAGUAUACCAUCUGCUACAAAACAUACUGUCCAUGCCCAUGAAGGUGGCUGCCAUUCUUUGCUGUUUGAAAACAAUAGUGAUCGGCUAAUUACUGGUGGGCAAGAUAUGCUAGUUAAACUUUGGGAUAUAAAUUCAGGUACCUUGAUAAGUACAUUACAUGGUUGCCUUGGUGCUGUUUUGGAUCUUGGUGUCUCCGGUGAUAAUAAAUUUAUCCUAGGAGCUAGCAGUGAUCACAAAUUGUAUCUUUGGGAUGUGCAGUCUGGUCGUAUUGCUCAUACUUUAACGGGUCAUUCGGAAAAGGUUUGUGCUACUGAUGUCAGCAAAUUAUCAAAUAGGAAAGCUGUAAGUGCUGCUUAUGAUCGGACCAUUAAGGUUUGGGACCUUCACAAAGGGUAUGUGGCAAACACCAUCAUCUGCCACAGCAACUGCAAUUCUGUAUCAUUAACUGCAGAUGGGCAGCACAUAUACUCAGGGCAUGUGGAUGGACAUCUCCGUUUCUGGGAUACGCGGACUGGAAAGUUAGUCAAUGAAGUUGCUGCUCAUGUUUCUGGUAUAACAUCGGUUACUUUGUCACGCAAUGGUCAGUUUGUUCUCACUAGUGGCCGAGACAACUUGCACAAUCUUUUUGAUGUUCGGUCGUUGGAAGUUUGUGCAACUUUCAGAGCACAGGGUCACAGAGUGGCUAAUAAUUGGAGCCGUUCAUGCAUCAGUGCUGAUGACAAUUAUGUAGCAGCGGGUUCUACUGAUGGCACAGUAUAUGUUUGGUCCAGGCCUUCAGCUGCUAUUAUGAGUACACUUAAAGGGCACUCUACUUCUGUUCUUGCAUGCACAUGGAAUAAUGCUGGGAAGCCAUUGGUUUCUGCCGAUAAGAAUGGGUAUCUGCAUAUUUGGUCCUAGCCUCCUAGGUAGAUAUGGAACUGUAUUGGGCAUUUAGUGUUUUGCUUGUUAACAUUUAUUAAAAUGGAGAGAGCAUCCCUUCUUUUGUAGAUUGUGAAAGCCUUAACAGAUACAUUGUUAGAUUCUCUUAACAAUGGCUAAAAAAGGCAGUUUGGGCUCUCCACUUAUUUUUUCAGUCGCCGCAUUUCUGUUUUAUAUUCUUUUUUUGUAUAUAAUAUAUAUUGAUCUGGCAACAGGACUUUGGGAAGAAGACGAGCUUUAUUAAAUCAAAUAUGAUACAGAAUUUAUAAA